GCUGGAACGGGAGCGCGACCGCCUGCAGCGAGCGGCCCAGGAGAGAGAGCGGGAGGAGGAUGCGCUGCGCAGGGAGCUCGGCCGAGCGCGUGAGGAUGGGGAGAAGCUCAGCUCCAGCCUGCGCUCCUGCCGGGAGCAGGCGGUAGGUGAUGCGGGGUCACCAGGCGUCGUUUCCCCGCUGUGGGGUUGUAUACACGGGGAGAGCGAUGCUGGGGUGGAGGGGGGGUCCCUGAGGAUGCUCUGUCUCCGCGGGGUUUGGCUGCUGGGAAGCCCCAGCCCCUGGUGGGGUAUGGAAGCUGCUGCCCGGUUCCCUGUGCCCGGCUCGGGGUGGUUAUUCUUAGUAGUGCCCAAACUGAGCUGCUCCACACACAUAUAAUUACCGCAUCCCAAAGCAGCAGCGGAGGCUGCAGGCCGGUGCGGAGCUCUGCUCCUCUCCUCGGGGGUAUUUUUAGCGGCUGGGAAAGGGCCUGGCCCUGCGCUGUGGCCAAAGGAAGAGGGGCCCACCUCUUCCCCCCCAUCCGCCCGGACAAUGGCCCAGAGGGGCUGGAAAUGCGCUGAUGUUUGGGGCUGGCGCUGGCUGUGGGGUCCCAGUGGGGUGUGCUGGUGUCCAGUGGGAGCGCCCGGCCCCUCGAGGGGCACGUGGCUGGGCAGGGGGCUCUGGGCUGUCUCAGUGGGCUGCGCACCCCCCAGCCCUCCCCAUGCAUCCUCACCAGGGUCAGGCACCGGCCGGCCCUUCCCUGUGGGAUUUUCGCCCAAAUCCAUGUCCCAAACUCUUGGAGAAACUUUCCCAGUGUCACAACAGGGCACAAAGCCACCAGGAGCACGGGGACAGCUCUGGGGACACCGGCGAGCACGGCAGCGAGCUGGGGGGAGGCUGUGCCCCGUCCCCACGCCACGGUGCCCCUUGUCCCCAGGCCAGGCUGGAGGCCAACGUCACAGCGCUGCGGGAUGAGGUGCGGGGGCUGCGGCGCGAGCGGGCUGAGCUGUCCCGCAGGAACGCAGCCCUGCAAGAGGAGCUGGCGCAGGGCGCGGAGCGGGCGCUGGGGCUGCAGCAGAGGCUGGAGGAGGCGGCGGAGCAGCGGAGAGCGCUGCGGGCACGCGGGGAGCGGUGCGAGGAGCGGCAGCGAGAGCUCGAGGCCACGCUGAGGGACCGUGCGGCCGAGCUGGACGCGCUGCGGCGACGGCUGGGACCCCGCACGGCACGGCGCAGGUGCCCCCCUCCCCGGUACAUUGCGUGGGUGCUGUGCUGCGUGCCCACCCUGUUCCUUUGGGGGUGGGCGCCCUGGGGAGGGGGCUCCUCCGGCACAGCACAGUCCCGUCCUUUGUCACUGUGUCCCUAUGCUGCAGGGGCUCACUCUGUGCUGUCUGUCUCGCUCCAAUUUAUAGGAGGAAGAGGAGGCUCUUUUAAUAUAUGUAUACCCGACGGUGAGAUUAAGACACAGCGGGUCCAGUGUUAGGCCGAGCAGCUUAUUACAAAUCCUACCUGCAUAGGGAGAUGGGGAAGGGAAGGCGGGCGAUAGAAAAGGGGUAGGAAAAAGCCAGGAGUCCUUGGAGAAAGCAAGAGAGAAUAGUCACCACCGUGGGUCCAGCGCUGUUCGUAGUGCCUGCGUCCAUCUCAGGAACUCGUGCGAUCGCUGCAGGGGGUGGGAGAAAGCCAGGAAGCUUCGCAGCAAGCGGAGCCCGGGGGCUUCUUUCCACCCUCAAAGGUUUCUUAUCCCCCGGGAUAAUUCACAUUUGUCAGUCAGAGUCUUAUUACCAAAAAGGCCUCAUGAAGCGAGCUCGGAGGCAGAAGAAAAAACAGUUCCUGUCUUCCACACUGUCCCCUCCUUCUUGCAGGAAGAGCUGAAGCCCUGCAGCAUCCUCCCGCUCGGCCCCGCUUUGCCAGCACAGACACCGCGCGCAGGACGGCACCAACCCCACGGCACCAGGAGCUGGAGCUGCUGCCCAUUGCUCCCAGUCCCCCUGGCACUGGGACCAGCAGGGGCUCAGCCCCUCUGCACUCAGCACCA